AUGAGUAUCAAGCCAUCUGUGGGUUGUGUGGAUUCUCUCGUGUCUCUUUGGAGCUUCGUAUGUGGUUCUACUUUGUUUCUGUUCCUUCUUUACAUUGAUGUUUCCUCUUCGAUAGUAAACUGUGUUUUUAAGUCCCUUCUUCUUCAGAGUUGUUUGCUAGUCCCCACAUCGCUAAUCGUUGUAUCUAACGUAAGCAGAUUUGUUAAUGGCGUCCAUCAAUGCCCUAUUUAUGGGAACUUUUGGCGCGCAUACUUUCUAGGCUGUGUUUUCGGUCUUGGAUCAUUCUUUGCCUUUCAAUCUGCCAUGAGGAAAAUUCGAAGUGACUUUUGUACAUUUGGAAUUUAUCUUGACUUCCUUGCAUUUUUCCACUGGUCCGAGUUUUAUUUCACUUCCAUUUACAACCUGAGUAAUUGUUCACUCGACAUAUAUAUGCUCACACAUAGCCCUGAAUAUGUUCUAGCCCUUACGGCGAGUGUACUUGAGUACUGGCUAGAGAAAUACUUCCUAUACGACGUGUUUUCAUCAUACAAAUGGAGUAUUGCUGUUAUCAACUGUCUGGGGUCUGGGAUGUGCAUUUUCGGCGAAGUUUUACGUAAACUAGCUCUGCUCACAGCUGGGAGAAAUUUCAAUCAUUAUGUGCAGUUCACAAAAAAUCGCAAACAUCAGUUGGUAACAAGUGGAGUUUACGCGUGGUUUCGCCAUCCGGCUUAUGUUGGGUGGUUCUGUUGGUGCAUUGGUACUCAGAUUUUACUCAUCAAUCCCUUGUGUUUAGUCGCUUAUACUAUAAUAACAUUUGUUUUUUUCAAAGGAAGAAUAUAUGCUGAAGAAAAGGCACUAGUAGGUUUUUUCGGAGAAAGUUAUCGGAAGUAUCAAAAAUUGGUUUCUACUGGAAUUCCUUUCAUACAUGGAUAUGUAUCUCACUAA